CUCUUUUUGUGGGAAGUGUGGAUGAGCUCACUCUUUACCACCGGGGGCCAUCGUUUUUGUUAGCCGGCCGCCCAUCCAAGGCUUAUGUGCAAGCUACAUCCUGCUUGCCGUUGGCAGUGCCGUCUUUGGCGCCUGUCGCGUUUUUGUCGCGUGCCACCACCCUAACAAAGCGCGACGCGGGAAACGAAGAAAUAUCUGCACACCGAGAAGCUGCGCGCGCUUUGUGUGCCAUCGCGCCCCUGUUUUGGUUGUCGGGAAGCAUGGGGAAAAAGCUCGGGAGGUUGCUACGUGUAGGCAGCCCAUUUUCAAAAUGGCUCUUCUUCACAAAUUCGUCAAAAAUGCUUCACAAAUUGAAUUACACCCCGGCACGGUUGACGUUAACUUGACGUUUCACCUUCAGCGACAAAACAUUCCUGCAAAAAUACCUCCUAAGCAAGAACAUGACACUUCACCUGCGUCUUAUGUUUAAGUAGCUGUAAUUUUUAUUUUGAUGAUGUGUGACGCGCAGACGAAAAAAAUAAACACAGAAGCAACGUGCUGGCCGCGCCGGCCGCAAAAUUUUCCGCGAC